AUGUUAGGUUCUGAUAAUGAAGAUAAUCUAUUAUCAAAAGAAGAAAGAUUAGAAAUUGCUAAAAAGAAAUUAAAAGAAAUGAAGAAGAAAAAUAAGAAAAGUAAGACGAAGACAACUGAAUCAACUGAUGCUAAUCAACCAGAAGAUAUUGAAUCGAAGGAAUCAACCCCAUUAGAUACAGAAACUAAACCAGAAACAGAGAAAGUAGAAGAAAAGAAACCAGAGUCUAUUGAAGAACCUAAAACAGAAGAAAAGAGACCAGAGUCUAUUGAAGAACCUAAAACAGAAGAAACAAAACCAGAAACUACUGAAUCUAUAAUUAAAGAUGAAUUGGAAGUAGAAGCUAAAGAUGAAUUGGAACCAAAACCAGAAACUAAAUCAGAUUCUUCAGAAAUAGACCGACUCAAUCAAACCAUUAAAAAACUCAGAGAUGAAAAUACCAACCUAAAAUUAGAAAUAAUGGAUUUAAAAGACAGAAUACGUGAAUUAGAAACAGGUCCAUCAACUACAAGAACUUCCCAGCCAGUAUAUUCACAAAAUAUCAAACCUGCAAAACCAAUAAUUACCAAAAAUGAGUAUGCAACAAUUUCACAACAAAAUUUUUCUGAUUUUAAUUCAAUUUCAACAGAUAAUUUUAGAGAUAAAUUAAUGAUUUGGAAACAUUGGCAAAUAGACAUGACAAAUUGGACUGGAGUAGGAACAAGUCAAAAAUUAGCAUUAUAG